UGUUAAACGCCCUAGUAGUCUUCCAUCUUUUCCAGUUGAAACUGAGCAUGAAUUGAAUCAAAUGGAAGAAUUUCUUAAAGAUGAUAACAAUUUAUCAGCAGCGACCUUUUAUUUUGCAAAAUUUAUUGACCCAAAAAGCAUAGAAAAUUCUGUCAGAAAAUUGCUAUCGAAAAUUUUAAGUAACUCUGUAGCUAACAAUUAUAAUUUCCAUGGUACACGAGGAAAACAAAGAUUUAAAGAUCUUAAGAUAUGGGAACUAGUACAAGGUGCUCUAAUGACACGCUUUGAAGCAAAAGAUUUGACAGUAUGUGACAAAGUUGCUAGUACUUGGCUUGCAAAUGCACCAUGGAGUAAACAACAUGAUGGCAGUGUGUAGAAGAGAACUGAUAUCUACAAUCAAUGCCUAAUGAUGAAGAAAAAGCAAUCAAAAGUCCGCUUUUAGGUCGACUAUAGAGAAUUUUC